CCCCGCUGUCCUACGUUCCGCAGACCCCGCCCUCUUCCGGGUCUGAGCGCCCGACCCGCAUGGCUGCAGGUACACGCACGGGGCCGAGCCCGCGUUCAGAAGCAGCCAUGGCGCCAUGGAAGAAGAAGAAGGGGCUCCGGAGGCGCCGGGGCGGCAGUUCCCAGGCCCGUGACAGCGACUCGGAUGACGGCGAGUUCGAGAUCCAGGCGGAAGACGACGCCCGGGCGCGGAAGCUGGGUCCUGUCCGAGCCCUACCCACCUUCCCCACCUCGGAGUGCACUUCAGAUGUGGAGCCAGACACCCGGGAGAUGGUUCGUGCCCAGAACAAGAAGAAGAAGAAGUCUGGGGGUUUCCAGUCCAUGGGCUUGAGCUACCCUGUGUUCAAAGGGAUCAUGAAGAAGGGCUACAAGGUGCCAACACCCAUCCAGAGGAAGACCAUACCAGUGAUCCUAGACGGCAAGGACGUGGUGGCCAUGGCCCGGACUGGCAGUGGCAAGACAGCCUGCUUCCUCCUUCCCAUGUUUGAGCGACUCAAGGCUCGCAGUGCCCAGACAGGGGCCCGGGCACUCAUCCUCUCACCUACCCGAGAGCUGGCCCUACAGACCAUGAAGUUCACCAAAGAGCUGGGCAAGUUCACCGGCCUCAAGAUUGCCUUGAUCCUGGGCGGGGACAAAAUGGAAGACCAGUUUGCAGCCCUGCAUGAGAACCCUGACGUAAUCAUUGCCACCCCUGGGCGGUUGAUGCACGUGGCUGUGGAGAUGAACCUGAAGCUGCAGAGUGUAGAGUAUGUGGUUUUUGAUGAAGCCGACAGGCUAUUUGAAAUGGGGUUCGCCGAGCAGCUACAGGAGAUUAUAGGCCGUCUUCCAGGGGGCCACCAGACAGUGCUGUUCUCAGCCACACUGCCCAAACUGCUGGUGGAGUUUGCCCGAGCAGGCCUAACAGAGCCCAUGCUCAUCCGACUAGAUGUGGAUACCAAGCUCAAUGAGCAGCUCAAGACCUCCUUUCUCCUCGUGCGCGAGGACACCAAGGCUGCAGUGCUUCUCCACCUGCUGCGAACUAUCGUGAGGCCUCAGGACCAGACAGUGGUGUUUGUAGCCACAAAGCACCAUGCUGAGUACCUCACAGAGUUGCUGACGGCCCAGGGCAUGAGCUGUGCCCACAUCUACAGUGCCCUGGACCAGACAGCCCGCAAGAUCAACCUGGCCAAGUUCUCUCAUGGCAAGUGCUCCACCCUCAUUGUGACUGACCUGGCUGCCCGGGGCCUGGACAUCCCCCUGCUGGACAACGUCAUCAACUACAGUUUCCCUGCCAAGGGCAAGCUCUUCCUGCAUCGUGUGGGCCGUGUGGCCCGAGCUGGUCGAAGUGGCACGGCCUACUCCCUGGUGGCCCCAGAUGAGGUCCCCUACCUGUUGGACCUGCACUUGUUCCUGGGCCGCUCUGUCACCCUUGCCCAACCUCAUGAGGAGCCAGCAGGUAUGGUUGGCAGAGAUGGCAUGCUGGGCCGGGUGCCACAGAGUGUGGUAGAUGAUGAGGACAGCAGCCUACAGACCACCUUACAGGCAUCGCUGGAGCUGCGGGGCCUGUGCCGCGUGGCCGAUAAUGCACAGCAGCAGUAUGUACGCUCACGGCCGGCGCCCUCGCCUGAGUCCAUCAAGAGAGCCAAGGAGCUGGACCUGGCAGGGCUUGGCCUGCACCCACUUUUCAGCUCACGCUUCGAGGAAGGUGAGCUGCAGCGCCUGAAGCUGGUGGAUAGCAUCAAGAACUACCGUGCCCGCACGACCAUCUUUGAGAUCAACGCCACCAGCCGGGACCUAAGCAGCCAGGUGAUGCGUGCUAAGCGGCACAAGGACCGCAAAGCCAUCUCCAGCUACCAGCAGGGACGGCAGGAGCGGCAGGGUCGGCAAGAAGGCCCAUCUAAUCGUGUCUCCCAGGAGGAGUGGCCUCAGAAGGGAGAGGACAAGGAGGACGCAGGAGACAGUGUGCAGGACGUUUUCACAGAGGUUGUAGGGCAGAAGCGGAAGAAGCCAGCACCCAGCCAAGGAUCCAAGAAGCAGAGGGAGGAGGCCCGCCAGCGGGACCAGGAGUUCUAUAUCCCCUAUCGGCCCAAGGAUUUUGACAGUGAGCGUGGGCUGAGCGUCGGUGGGGCUGGGGGGGCCUUUGAGCAGCAGGUGGCUGGUGCUGUCCUUGAUCUGAUGGGAGAUGAAGCACAGAACCUGACCCGAGGCCGGCAGCAGUUCAAGUGGGACCGGAAGAAGAAACGGUUUGUGGGUCAGUCAGGCCAGGAGGACAAGAAGAAGAUCAAGACAGAGAGUGGCCGCUAUAUUAGCAGCUCCUACAAGCGUGACCUCUACCAAAAGUGGAAACAGAAACAGAAAAUUGAUGACCGAGACUCUGAGGAGGAAGGGACAUCUAACCAGCGAGGCUUGGUACAACGAAGAAAUGGGAAGAGAGGACAUGGCCAAGGUGCAUCCCAGCCCCGAGCGCCAGGCACCCCUACAGGUCACAUGCGCUCUGAACUCAAGACCAAGGAGCAGAUCCUGAAGCAGCGGCGCAGGGCUCAGAAGAUGCGCUUCCUGCAGCGAGGGGGCCUCAAGCAGCUCUCAGCUCGUAAUCGCCACCGUGCCCAGGAGCUACGACGGGGUGCCUUUGGCCGGGGUGCCCCCUCUAGGAAGGGCAAGAUGAGGAAGCGGAUGUAAGGAACAGGACUGGGGUCCCAGUCUUCCUGCCUGGCCCAGAUAUGGACUUGGGUGACCAUCUUCCAUGUACUAUGGGGGUAACUCCCUGCAGAUGCCUGUAGCCAUGAAUGGUGCUGUAUGUUCACAGAAGGCAGCAGCUGCUUCUAACAGACAUUCAGACAGGGUCUUGCAGGAUGCAUAGGAGUCUGCCGGCAAAGCCAGGUAGGCCAAGACCUGAGCUAGUAGCUCAGCUGCUACUGCUCAAAUUCAGGGCCCAGGUUAUAGCUAUGUGGGCCCUAGGUCCCUUAGACCCAGUGUUGGGUUUUUAUGUAAUAAACUUAAUGGAGCUCCUCUUCUA